CUCUCGGACCACAAAAUUCAAAACCUCUCUCCUCCCUUUCAUUUUUUCUCCUCACAAAAGGAGAAUGCGUUGUGUUCUGGUGCUACUCAGCCUCACCGUGACGACGGUGUUCGUCGUAUUUCCACCGCCAGUGAUAGGAUGGAGGCCGUGGCCCCACCAAACUAACGGCUCAGAUCAAACCUUUGGCGGGUCCAAGAAAUACGAAGGCUCAUCGGACCUCGUCCACCUCCGAUACCAUAUGGGUCCUGUCCUCACCACCAACAUCACCGUACACCCAAUCUGGUAUGGCACGUGGCAAAAGUCCCAGAAGAAGGUCAUCCGUGAGUUCAUCAAUUCAAUCUCAGCCGUCGGAUCCAAGCGCCCCUCCGUCUCCGGGUGGUGGAGGACCGUACAGCUGUACACAGACCAGACCGGCUCCAACAUAACCGGUACGGUCCGGCUAGGAGAAGAGAAAAACGACCGGUUCUACUCCCACGGCAAAUCCCUGACCCGGUUAUCGAUUCAGUCCGUGAUAAAAUCCGCCGUCACGGCGAGAUCACGGCCGUUACCUGUGAACCCGAAGAGUGGUCUCUAUCUACUCCUCACAUCUGCUGACGUGUACGUUCAGGAUUUCUGCGGGCAAGUUUGUGGGUUCCACUAUUUCACUUUCCCAUCCAUCGUAGGGUUCACGCUUCCUUACGCCUGGGUUGGAAAUUCGGCCAAGUACUGUCCAGGAGUUUGUGCUUAUCCUUUUGCCGUACCGGAGUACAUCCCUGGGCUAACGGCGUUAAAGUCGCCUAACGGAGACGUCGGAGUCGACGGAAUGAUAAGCGUUAUCGGUCACGAAAUUGCUGAGCUGGCGACGAACCCGCUCGUGAACGCUUGGUACGCGGGUCCGGACCCGGUGGCACCGGUGGAAAUAGCCGACUUGUGCGAGGGUAUCUAUGGAACUGGAGGUGGCGGGUCGUACACGGGGCAGAUGUUGAACGAUCACGAUGGUGCCACGUACAACAUGCACGGGAUCCGACGGCGAUACUUGGUUCAAUGGGUCUGGAACCAUAUGGUUAAUUACUGUACCGGCCCCAAUGCGCUUGAUCAUUAGUGGCAUUUUUGUAUUUUUGCUUUUGUGGAUUCGAGCGCUUAGAGCUUUGUUGGGAUUUGAAUUGCAUUGCAUGAUGAUUAAUAGUAGUAGUUAAGGAUGUUAAUUAUGUAAUGAUAUUAUUUAUGCAUUAAUGUAUACUACUUUGGUAUACUUAUAUAUUAUGUAAUGUUAUCCUCUCUUUUA